AUGCUUGCAGCAAGUGCCCACACCGCGUGGCCAAGGGCUUGUCCCGUGGGUCAAGUCGACGGCCGGACGGAGCUCGGCCAACCAAACACCGAGAACCCCGGAAGCGGAAAUUAUUCGUUGCCAUGCGCGAUGACGCGCUUUAGACAUGCCGUUGCCGGGGGCCCCUUGUCGUACAACGCUGCGCACCUGGGACUUGGGACGGGGCUCUGCGGCAAGUAG